CCGCCGUUUCCUCCAGCCGCUUGGUAUUCCUGUGUGUUUGGACCAGUCCCCAUGUCCUCCUCUGGGGCCUCUGCAGCCUUUGGAUUGUGAAGACUGCUGGGAGACACUUGCAAUCCAGUCACAAAAGUGUAAUAAAGAAAUAUUGGUCCUAAUGGAAGAAGAGCAAGAUUUACCAGAGCAACCAGUGAAGAAAGCCAAGAUGCAGGAAUCAGGAGAGCAGACUUUAAGUCAAGUAAGCAACCCUGAAGUCAGUGAUCAGAAACCUGAAACUUCAAGCCUUGCUUCAAACCUUACCAUGUCAGAGGAGAUUAUGACAUGCACCGAUUACAUCCCUCGCUCAUCCAAUGAUUAUACCUCACAAAUGUAUUCUGCAAAACCUUAUGCACAUAUCCUCUCAGUUCCUGUUUCGGAAACUGCUUACCCUGGACAGACUCAGUACCAGACCUUGCAGCAGUCUCAACCCUAUGCUGUCUACCCUCAGGCAACCCAGACGUACGGACUACCUCCUUUCGGUGCAUUGUGGCCAGGUAUGAAACCUGAAAGUGGUUUAAUUCAGACUCCAUCUCCAAGUCAACACAGUGUUCUUACCUGCACUACAGGGUUAACCACAAGCCAGCCAAGCCCAGCACAUUAUUCUUAUCCCAUUCAAGCUUCGAGCACAAACGCCAGCCUGAUACCCACUUCAUCUGCUAUUGCCAAUAUUCCAACAGCAGCAGUUUCCAGCAUCUCAAACCAGGACUAUCCCACCUAUACCAUCCUUGGUCAGAGUCAGUACCAAGCUUGCUACCCCAGCUCCAGCUUUGGAGUCACAGGCCAGACUAACAGUGAUGCUGAGAAUACCACCUUAGCAGCAGCCACAUACCAGACGGAGAAGCCCAGUGUCAUGGUACCUGCAGCUGCAGCACCCAGACUUUCCUCUGGAGACCCUUCUCCAAGCCCAUCUUUGACCCAGACCACACCAAGUAAAGAUGCUGAUGACCAGUCCAGGAAAAACAUGACUGGCAAGAACCGGGGCAAGAGGAAAGCUGACGCCAGCUCUUCCCAGGACAGUGAAUUAGAACGGGUAUUUCUGUGGGACUUAGAUGAAACCAUCAUCAUCUUCCACUCCCUUCUUACUGGAUCCUAUGCCCAGAAGUAUGGAAAGGACCCAACAGUAGUGAUUGGCUCAGGUUUAACAAUGGAAGAAAUGAUCUUUGAAGUGGCUGACACGCAUCUGUUUUUCAAUGACCUAGAGGAGUGUGACCAGGUGCAUGUGGAAGAUGUGGCUUCUGAUGACAAUGGCCAAGACUUGAGCAACUACAGCUUCUCAACAGAUGGUUUCAGUGGCUCAGGAGGCAGUGGCAGCCAUGGUUCCUCUGUGGGUGUCCAGGGAGGUGUGGACUGGAUGAGGAAAUUGGCUUUCCGUUACCGAAAAGUGAGAGAAAUCUAUGAUAAGCAUAAAAGCAACGUGGGUGGGCUCCUCAGUCCCCAGAGAAAGGAAGCACUGCAGAGGCUAAGAGCAGAAAUUGAAGUUUUAACAGAUUCCUGGUUAGGAACUGCCUUGAAAUCUUUACUUCUCAUCCAGUCCAGAAAGAAUUGUGUAAAUGUUCUGAUCACUACAACCCAACUGGUUCCAGCUCUGGCCAAGGUUCUCCUAUAUGGGCUAGGAGAAAUAUUUCCUAUUGAAAACAUCUACAGUGCUACCAAAAUUGGUAAGGAGAGCUGCUUCGAGAGAAUUGUGUCGAGGUUUGGAAAAAAAGUCACAUAUGUAGUGAUUGGAGAUGGACGAGAUGAAGAAAUUGCAGCCAAACAGCACAACAUGCCCUUCUGGAGGAUCACAAACCACGGAGACCUGGUGUCCCUCCACCAGGCUUUGGAGCUUGAUUUUCUCUAAAAACUGGAAUGAAGAGCCUUCCCCAUGAGCUCCUUUUCACUCCUUGAAGGGAGCUGGAGACCGGAACCAACUGGGAAUUCUCUCUCUCUUUCUCCAUGGAAUGCUGGCGAGAACACAAUCAAAACCAACAGCUGCAAGAGAUGAAGCUGAUUUUUGCUAUGCGUGAGCUGCAGCCCCGUGUUCAUCCUCGCACAGGAGCGGGAGAUAGUUGGAUUGAGAGAACAAUAGACUCACCGCAGCUACAGUGCUUUUAAUUCUUCUGGUUUUUUGUUUGUUUGUUUGUUUUAUUUUGUUUCAGAAAAAUGAAGAAAAAGAAAAGGAAAUCCUUGGGGCAGAGUUGCACUCUGCAUCCAUGACCAGAUUGAGAACUGCUAUUAACUUGUGGUGAUAGGAUAAACGCAGCAGACGUUUAUAAUAACAUCUCUUGCAGUCUUUAUAAUCUCCUUAGCUGUAGAACAUACUCCCAGUGAAUGUAUAUGUUAUUUUUAUAGGUAAGGGUCUGGUCUCUCUGAAGCAGAUUCCCCUCCCCCUUUCUUUUUCUAGCAAGAAAGGGUUGUGUAAAGUUUCCUUGGAAAAUCGUAACUGAAAUGUCUGAGAUACCUCUCUGUGACAGUAGCACCUCCUUAGCUGCUCCAGUGGUCUGCUCGCGAGGCUGGGCUCCUUCCCACUCUUCCACCUCCUGGUUGGCUAAACUGUAGGGCCUGGGACACUGAUUAAUUUUAGACUUUGCUGUUUCCCAUCCUAAAAGCCUUAGUCCCCUUCCCAAUCCCUCUCCCUUUUUGACCAAAUGGCACAACCCUAGAAACUGUUCUUAGUAAAUUUUCAGCCUUCAGCUUGACUCUUCGUCAAAGCUAACGAGGGCUUACCUUCAAACUGGAGAGAAGACCUAAGGCUUCUUAGGAAUUUCCACUUCUUUGGCCCUUGAAACAGGAAGAUUCCAACUUUUUCUCCUGCAGAGAAGCGCCCUUCCCCAGCAGAGGCCAUCCCCACCGGGCCUCCCCCUUCUUAGUCAUCAGUGCCAGGCUAGUCCACCCUCUGCACCUCAUAUCCACCCCCACACACAGCUCUGGCCGGUCCCCAGGCUUUGGACGCAAGUAGUCAAAUCAAGUCUGAGAAAAGGCCCAUAACCGCAUUUUGGCCAAAACUACUAAGGGAUUUGACUUCAUGCCCUGAAUCCUUUAAGCCCUGUGAGUGGUGUCCUGGGCAUGUACCCAGAUCUCGGCCUGAAACUGAAGACCAAAUGGCUGUGAUCAAAGCCCAGUUUUCCCAUGGGAUCCGCCUCCCACUUCUCAAGUCCCUUUCUAAAAUGGGAAACUCGAAAGCCAGAAAAACUCACCUGAUUUAAAUGAGGUUGUAGAUCCCCUACGCCAUGCCUGAAAACUCAACCAUGGGCCAAAUGCAGGAACAUCUCCCAGCCUGACCUCUGGGAAGUUGGGUGGGUGCCCAGACAUGAGUCACAACCUUCAGUCCAGCUGUAUUUGUGGAUGCCCCACCCUCCAUGAGCAGCCUGGGCAGUGCUCAGGCCGCAUAAACUUCCUUAGAGCUCAGGAAGUUUAGCCUCUCCCAGGUGGCAUGGAGAGAGGUGAUUUUAUAAGUACCUCAGAGAGGUGCAGUCUGGGUCCUUAGCAGGUGGCAUCCUUGACCAACCACAGCCAUCACUGCUUACACUCAGAGGUUCAGCGUAUCCACUUGGGGAUGCUCCCAGCACAAAAGGGGCCAGAUUCCCUCUAAUGCCAGAUCACCCAGAGAAAGGCUGGUGUACACAUUCCUUCAGAACGGAUUGAGAAAGUGCUUCGUAACUCAGUCGUAGGGAAGAGGUGUUUGGAGAGGAGCUCAAAUCAGUGCUCAUCACCAAGCUGCCUCUUCGGCCUGUUUCCUUUGGACGGGGGAGGAUAUAUAGUCUGAGGCAGACCUGUUUGGUCCGAGUUCACCAUAGUUGCCCAGAUGCUGCUCUGUCUUGCUUGAUAAUUGAUCUUAGCGUGCUCUAGGGUGCAUGGUGGAUCCUUACUUCCAGGCCCCUCCACGCCCACCCCAUCCUGCCAGUAGAGCUGUUCGUUUCUUGCCCUGCGCAUAGGCCACCCGGCUGGUGCUGUGCUUCAGGCUGGUGAGACUGCAGAGCGGUCCGCGCAUCAUGCACACAAGUACACACGCGCACACACACACACACUUUCCUCUGCUUGCCUGCUGGGAGCUCUUUGUUCCUAGAGUAUGACUUGGGACUCCUUUUUCGAUGGCCUUUUCCCUCCCGCUCUGACUGCCCAGCUUAGGUCUUUGCAAAAGGAACUUGAAACUGGCUAAGAGAAGUGAGGACGCUCCCUGGGCAGUGCCGUCUUUGCUCUUUUCUGGUUGUUCAGAGGGCAGACAGAAAAUGGGAGCUUCCUGGCUCCUCUUUGCCAAAAUGAAUCAUCCAGGGAACCCAGUGCUCUUCAGUAAACCUGGUUUCCUCCACAGCAGAGAUCCAGAGGAAAGCAAGUGGCCAGCACAGCAAGCUCUUGGAGGCUGAGGUCCAAAGGACACCAUGGGUCCUUCUCAUUUAGGGGGAAGCCCUCUACUAGAAAGAGUCCCUGCCCGAUGAGUCCCUUUCCCAGCUGGGCACCGUGGGUUCUAUAAGAUGGGUCUGCACGUUUCAUGGUGAGAGCUGGGCCAUCUCGAGUAAGGGAUCUGGAAUUGUCAGCUGUGUCCUGGGUCUAAGAGGUGGUUUUCCUUUCGAAUGUAAAACUGACUGUGCCUUAGCAUCACCCUGUUCGGUGCCCCUGGGGCACCAGGUGGUGGCCAGGAGAGUGGAUGCCUGCUCCAGAUCUAGAUGCCUAGUGGGGCUUUUAUUUGGUUUGGGUUAUUUCUGUCUUCUGCUCUGCAACUGGGGGGAGCAAACCUAGAGUCCCAGGAGACUUUGUGCCACAGCUUGUUCGCAGUUUACACAAACUUGUUCGCGUUAAAGAUCCAAGCAGAAUCUGAUGGGCCAACUCCAGCUGCAGCAUAUGGAGCUUCUCAAUGUUCACUGCCUUGAAUGGGUGUCAGUGCCACUGAACCAAGGGGGAGAGGGGUUAAGGGGUGGAGCCACACACUCCCUCUCCCUGGGGGAGUGAUGGCUGAAACCGUGGGGUGGUGAGCUUCGGGCCUUCCUCUCCUUGCUCCUGCAGAAGGGGGCAUUAGGACCCCUCUUAAGCCAAGCUUCUGUUUCUCACCACUAAAUCAGUUUCCCUUUUCAUUCAAAAGUUGAAACCCCAAAUACUCAAGCUGUAGAAGCCAAAUUGAAAUUCCUAGGUUUUGAAAUAUCUUAAGAUAACCAUGAGACAACAUCUAAUUCUGGCCCACCUCUGAUCAGCAGGCCCUGUCCCUCCUCUCCCAAGUCAGAGAGCUCUAGCACACAAGGUUACUUGGCUAGUUCCUAAUGCACUGAUGGGAGCCAUCCCAUUAAGGACGACUUCUACUCAAAACAUGACCCUCUGGACUUCAGGUGCCUCAUUUAUCAGGAAAAGGCAUUGAUUGGAUAUAUUUAUGUGACUGCGGGCAUUUGUGGCUGUCGAGUCCUUGACCAUAAUGUUAUAUGUAAUGGGAACUAUCUUAUAAACUUGAAAAAAUAAAGUUUUUAUUUUCUA